GUAUUAGAUAGUCAAAUAGACGGAGUUUUCGAAGUUAUUAAACUCCGAUUAUUAUACUGAAAAUGAAAUUCGUAAGUGAUUAUUAACGAAACAUUGCACCACGACUAGGAUAUUUCAACUUCGCAUCGUAGUCGAAGAGAUUUCUCGUCGCUGCGGGGAAAGUUUUGUCUCUGAAGCUACUCUCCCUGUCGAAAUGAAUUAGCUUGAUAUAGUAGUACAAGUCCCUAAGAGAAGUUCUCGUGAUCCAAUCAGUGUCCCAGUAACCAGUUUCUUCAUUAAAACAUUUCAUGGGAAUAUCGUCCCAGGGACAAGUCUUUUCGUACACACAUCCUUCGUGUGUGCUGAUUUGUACUACACUGAAAUACUUGGUGGCAAUGUUUCGGAAUUGCGGAGAAUUGAAUUGAUACAUGACACAUACCCAUCUAUUCCUUUUAAAUGAUGUUUUGGACCUUUUUAAGCGUUCAAUACUCAAAUGGAAGAUGCUAUAUCUUGCGACUUUCGCAUACCGUGGAAUUCAAUAACACACUGAUACCAGUAAUAGCUCAAUGCAUGCAAAGGAGGUGAUGCCCUUGCAUUCGUCGCUGUCUCACCAUUUGUUGAAAAAUACAGAAUUUUCAUCAGAUUCUCUCCUGGCUUGUGCAAAUUUGUUUGGAUUCUAGUUUAGAAGGCUUCGUAAAUCUGAUUCCUCAGCUCCAGAUAAAUGUUCAUCGGAAAUUAAUGCAUAAAACAUUUUAAACUGGUUCGGUUGCACUAACAAACCCAGUAGAUCAGCAGCAUAGGUUUCCCUUCAAACGGAGAGUAGGAAGUGUUUUGAAAUUAACAACUGGUUGACGAAUGAAGGUGAUUCCAGAGGUUUCUCAGCAGCAUAGAGUCCUGGACUUUGAUUGGAAAAGUUUGUUUGAUGCAAACAAAUGCUGUUCCCGGCGACUAAAUCAGAAUAGUUUUUUUUUUUGUCAUCAAUUAAGUAAUUAUUCAUAUAGCGGAGUAAAGGAGUUUUACGUUUCACAACCAAUUGAUAAUUCUUAUAAUCUAAUUCUUUCUUGAUCUCUAUCUUGUUUCAGAGGUGCUGUCAAUGGAUGCCUGGCGAGGACAAAGCGGAAGAGGAAGCAGAGGCGGAAAGGGAGGUGGAAGGGGAGGUGGAAGAGGCCGUGGAAGAGGCGGUAGAAGAGGAGGUAAAAGAGGAGGUGGAACAUUGGGUCGUGGUGGUGACGGAACUCCAAGAAACCAGCCUAAGCUUAAGUUAGGAUUCGGGGAACUUCAAGCCCUUGAAACCAAAACCUCUGACGAAAUAAUCCUCCACUUAACAUCUAGUCGAUGUUUCCAAGCCACGGAGUAUUUAUUCAAACAGCAGUCAAAAAUAGAAGAUCAGUGGAUUGUCCUGAUCGUGAGCAUUGUUACGAAAGCCUGCGACUGCAGCUCUAAGGAGGAUCUGUUAAAGCUACUAACUCUGCUACCAGGGUCGUCGUUUCUCAAUUUGCUGCUCAGACGAUAUCUGAACAAGCUAUCUGUUCACAACUCGUCUCCUCUCGAUGUCGUAGUAUUUCUGAGAAAUGUUGUCAAAAUAAUGAACGAAUUGCUCCGAAGAUUUCCGAGCUGUUAUGCUGAUCUUCCGCUCUCCGACCUGUACUGUGGAACUAUGAGGCUGUCUAACACGGGACAGUUGGCAGAUGAUGCCCUUGUCACAGAGGUGGAUGAAAUAAUGAAAUUGAGAAUCAAGAAAGCUGAGGAGUUAAAGAAGAAGGAGGAAGAAGAACGACGAAAAAGAACGAAGCCUCGAAGAGAUGCUGGAGUUAACGAUGAUGUAGAUCCACCGGAUAAUUUCCGCUGGCUCUCUGUUGUUCCAACCCAGGAAGACAUCUUGCAUGAAGGACGGCCCUUCCUCAGGAAGAACAAAAUCGAUGGGAGCUACAAUGACGUGGAACAUUAUUUGGACGUACAAUUUCGACUUCUUCAAGAAGACUUCGUGCGACCCCUUCGGCAAGGGAUUGCGCAGUUGUUGGAGCGUAAUGGUACCGCCGAGUUGAGUGAUAUUCAGGACAUACGGGUGUACAACAACGUCUCUGUUUUAGAACCUAUAUAUACGUCCAACGGUCUCCGAUACAGAAUCAGUUUUGACAACUCCAAGCUCAGGCAUGUGCACUGGGAAAACAGCAAACGACUCAUCUUUGGUUCAUUGAUUUGUUUGUCCAGGGACAGGUUUGAGAGUUUUAUGCUCGCCACAGUGGCCGACCGAUCUCUCGCAGCCAUAAGAAGAGGCGUAGUGGACGUACAGUUCAUCAACGUAUACGAUCAAGAGAGUUUUGAAGAAGGUGAUGUGUAUCAGAUGGUGGAGAGCACUGCCUUCUUUGAAGCUUAUCGUCACGUGCUAGAGGGACUGAAAGAAAUUUAUCCAGGAUACCUACCUAUGCAGAAUUACAUCGUAAACUGCCAGAAAGAAGUCGAACCACCCGCCUACUUGAGAAACCCUAGAGGGAACCAAGAACAAGUGACAUUUGAUCUGACACCCAUUAUGAGGAAGAAUAGCUACACUACUGCACGAAGCUCGUCGAUCCCUCUUCUAACCUUGGUCUCCUGGCCUUCUGCGCAAGAUCUGGGUCUUGAUGAUUCUCAGUUCAGGGCUUUGCAGAUGGCGCUGACCAAAGAAUUCGCUGUUAUUCAAGGACCCCCGGGGACUGGAAAGACGUACAUUGGGUUGAAGAUUGCUAGUGUGUUAUUACAUAAUAAGAUGAAGUGGAACACUGAGAAUGUCCGUUUCUACGGCACAAAGCAUCGCCCAAUCCUAGUUGUCUGUUACACAAACCACGCUCUCGAUCAGUUCCUGGAAGGAAUCCAUCAGUUCCAUCCUGAAGGAAUUGUUCGAGUCGGAGGAAGGAGUGAGAGCGAGAUUUUGAAGGCAUGCAGUCUGUCGGAAUUGAAGCACAAAAUGCGCAAGGACAAAUCAGUUCCCCGCAACAUAAGAAAGGAUCUUUCCGAGGUUCAUAAGGUGAUGGAAGGGAUUUUAAAAGAGCUAGAAAAUGAAAACCAAACUUUAGACCAAUGCCAAGAAAACGUACUUCAUGAAGACCAGUUACGUUAUCGCGCACGGAGUAUGACUGCUGCCCAGUAUCAUUCUUUAAAGCAGCCGUUUAUUGAUAAAGACGGACAAGAGGAGGAGAGUGCUAUAAUGCACUGGCUACAACUGUCUGUAAAUCCAAGUCAAGGAGAGGGAGAUGGUACAGUUGCGGAAGCGGUCCCAGUAACAAGAAUAGAAGUAGCCGAAGCAGAGGAGGGAGAGAUAGAUGGAAAUGAGAACCCGGAUGUGCUGUACGAAGCGAAUGUUAUGCAGAACCAAAGAAACCUGGACGAUGAUGACGUCAUAGUGUACAAAUCAAAGACAGCGCGUAAAGCAGAGGAAAUGAGUGUCGCGAGUGUUAUUGUUUCUAACGAGAAAGGUGCGAGUGAAUGGAAAGUACAAAAACCUUAUCGGCUAAAAUGGAAGUUAGAGAAGAUCAUGCGUCAGGAACUGAACAAAACAGAAGUCAUGCUAGAUGAGAGAGCAGCAACGGUAACAGAUGUUUGGAAGUUGAGCCUGAAAGACCGCUGGAGUUUGUAUCGGCGAUGGCUGAUGGACGCGCGUAAGCGUUGCCGUUUCACAACUACAUCACUCCAGCAGGUAUUUCAAUGGGGUGUUGAAGACCUGAAGACAGUUAAAAGCAGAUUAGACUUGGAGAUACUCAAGAAGGCUGAUGUCAUUGGCAUGACUACAACAGAAGCCGCUGAAGUACUGGAGUCGCACAUUGUUACAUCGUUAACUCCCGGAUGUCAGCACUUGAUUCUGAUUGGCGAUCAUCAGCAACUCCGUCCCAAUCCCACAGUCUACGACCUCGCUAAACACUACAACCUAGACGUGUCACUAUUCGAGAGAAUGGUGAAGAAUGGAAUGCCUUUUGAACGACUGCGUUUGCAGCAUCGCAUGCGACCUGAAAUCUCCAAAAUGCUGGAGCACAUUUACGUCAAUCCGAAGCUGGAAAAUCACGAAUCGGUGCUGAAUUUCGACAACAUUAAGGGCGUGGCUCGUAAUGUAUUUUUUGUGGACCACAAUGAAAGCGAGGAUUUUAAUAAACUGAAAGAAGGAAAAAGCAAGUCAAAUAAACACGAAGCCAAAUUCAUGGCCGCCCUCUGUCGUUACUUCAUCCUCCAAGGCUACGAGAGAGAGCAAAUCACAGUCCUCACAGCCUACACUGGGCAGUUAUUCCAGCUCAAAAACGAAAUGCCUAAAGAUUUCUUUUGUGGAGUUCGAGUCUGCGCAGUGGAUAAUUUUCAAGGAGAAGAAAAUGACAUCAUUCUUUUAUCACUCGUUCGAAGUAACGAGAAAGGCAAAAUCGGUUUCCUUCAGAUAGAAAACCGUGUUUGCGUGGCGUUGUCUCGCGCUAAGAAAGGGUUUUUCUGUAUCGGUAACAUCAGUCUUUUGGAAACUAAGAGUGCAUUGUGGAGGGGGAUCGUCAGUGACAUGCGCGAGCGUGGGAAUGUAGGAAAAACAUUGAUGCUGAUGUGCCAAAACCACCCGAAAAACGUGAUCCAGGCGUCAUGUGCUGAAGACUUUAAAAAGGCACCAAAUGGAGGCUGCAGCAUACCAUGUGCCACGCAACUCGAGUGCGGUCACGUGUGUGACAUGAUGUGCCAUCCAGUAGACCCAGAACACAAAGAAUACGAGUGCCAGAAGCCCUGCACUAGGAAACCGUGUGCGCUGAAUCAUAAGUGCCCCAGGAAAUGCUAUCAAGAGUGCGGGCCUUGUAUGAAGCCUUUAGAAAAGACCCUUCCAGUUUGUGGCCAUCUUCAAAAGGUUCCUUGCUACAUGUGCGAGGAUCUUUCCCUAGUCAAAUGCCAAACGUCCUGUGUGAAAACCUGGCCAUGUGGACAUGAAAUUGCGACAAAAUGUCACGUGGAUCCACUGCGCACUCCAUGCGAGAUUCCUUGCGGUGCGACCUUGAACUGUGGACACCCUUGCACUGAUGACUGCAGUAGCUGUCUGAGUGGUCGAGUCCAUGUGUCAUGCAAGGACAGGUGUGGCCGCACACUGCUCUGUGGGCACAACUGCACCAAGUCAUGCGCCAAAAACUGCCCUCCCUGUAGAAAAAACUGUAGCAAUUACUGCAAACACAGAAAGUGCACGAAGAAAUGUGGUGAACCUUGUGAUCCUUGUUUCGCGAAAUGCAUCUGGCAGUGCCAGCAUCAUAAAUGUACGAAACUAUGCAGGCAGCUCUGCAAUCGUCCACGAUGUGACGUGUCAUGUACAAAGCUACUUCCCUGCGGGCAUCCCUGUAUCGGUCUCUGUGGGGAAAUAUGCCCGAAGAAGUGCCGCGAGUGUCACAAAGACGAGUUGACGGAGAUAUAUUUCGGAACCGAAGAUGAGCCGGACGCAAGAUUCGUGGAGCUGGCAGACUGCGGUCACGUGUUUGAGGUUGAAAUGAUGGAUCAGUGGAUGGACCAGGUGGAAACAACGCAUGACGGGAAGCCUGUUGAUGUUCAACUCAAACUCUGCCCAAAAUGCAGGGUUCCCAUCCGCACCAGUUUAAGGUACGGCAACAUCAUUAAGAAAAUUCUGGCAGACUUCGAACGAAUAAAACAGAAGAUUGUACUCGACAAAGGACAGCUUGACAGAAAGGUAGCGAUGCUCAAAGGGAAAGUGGAGGAGAUUGGUCAAUUCCCCGAAGACCAAGAAGAAAUCAAAAAAAGGCUGAAUUAUCCGAGUCUCACGGAUGAACGCAUCAACGUGAUUGACAACCAGAUCAGGUUAUUGUCCUUCCUUCAGCCACUCAAGGCUAGCAUGGGCUAUUUUGAAGCUGACGAACGGUUCCAGGAAACGAAGGAAGACCUCGAAAGUAAAGUGGAACAACUCCGAAAACGUGUGAUGAGAUUUUGGUUUCCAGUCAGUGGCCAAGAACUUGAAGAGCUCAACGAAGAAAUGUACAGAACACAGCUUCUUAUCGACUUCAGAAUGCUGAUGAUGCAGCUGGACAUCCAGGGUAUUAAGCUUGGAGUCACUGACACUGUAAAGGUUAAUUUCGUUAAAGAAGCUUUUGAUUCAGAGAAGGCAAUUGACAAGAAACGUCGAGAGCAAUACAGGGCUCGUAUUGAACGAAUCAGACGUGAACAGGGCCUUCAGGAGCCUUACCAGGCUGUAAAAAGAGAGGAAAAAGUUCUGAUCGUGAAGACCGUGGGGUUUACACAGGGACACUGGUUCAAGUGUCCUUACGGUGGGUGUGACUUAAGGUGGCCGAACACUGUUUUCGCGCGCGCUUUUGCUGAUGCAAAACAUGCCUUCAAUAGAGCGAUCAUUUUAAAACUUGCCGAUUUCNUGAUUCUGAUUGGUGAUCAUCAACAACUCCGUCCCAAUCCCACAGUCUACGACCUCGCCAAACACUACAACUUGGACGUGUCGUUAUUCGAGAGAAUGGUGACGAAUGGGAUGCCAUUUACAAGACUGCGUUUACAGCAUCGCAUGCGACCUGAAAUCUCCAAAAUGCUGGAGCACAUUUACUUUGAUCCCAAGUUGGAAAAUCACGAAUCGGUGAUGAAUUUUGACAACAUUAAGGGCGUGGCUCGUAAUGUAUUUUUUGUGGACCAUGAAGAAACUGAGGAUUUUACCCCAGAAGGAAAGAGCAGGUCAAAUGAACACGAAGCUAAAUUCCUGGCCGCCCUUUGUCGCUACUUCAUCCUUCAGGGUUACAAAAGAAAACAAAUUACAGUCUUAACAGCUUACGUUGGCCAGUUAACACAGCUCAAAAAGGAACUUGUGCCUAAAGAUUUCUUUAGCGGAGUUCGAGUCUGCGCAGUGGACAAUUUCCAAGGCGAAGAAAGUGACAUCAUUCUUCUGUCACUUGUUCGAAGUAAUGAAGAAGGCAAAAUCGGUUUCCUCCAGAUAGAAAACCGGGUUUGCGUGGCGCUCUCACGCGCUAAGAAAGGGUUUUUCUGCAUCGGAAACAUCAGCCUAUUGGAGGCAAAGAGUACACUGUGGAGCAAAAUAAUCAAAGACAUGCGAGAGCGCGGGAAUGUGGGAAAAGCAUUAACGCUCACGUGCCAAAACCACCCGCAAAACGUGAGCGACGGGUCAUGUGCUGAUGACUUCAAGACUUGGGCACCAGACGGAGGCUGCACCGUGCCAUGUGCCAAGCUACUCAAGUGCGGUCACGCGUGUGAGAUGUUUUGUCAUCCGACAGACCCAGAGCACGAGGACUACGACUGUAAAAAGCCAUGCACCAAGAAAAAGGCGCACUGCCCACUGAUUCAGAAGUAUUCCGGGAAAUACUACCAAGCGUGUGGGCCUUGUAUGAAAAGGUUUAGAGAGAACCAUUUUCAGGGUGGUCCUUGCUACAUCUGCAAGAAUCAGUCUACAUCGAUGUGCUUCCGUGUGUGCUUAAAAAGAUGGCCUUGUGGACAUGAAAACGAGACGGAAUGUUACGUGGAUCCACUUCUCACUCCAUGUAAGGCACCUUGUGGUGUGACAUUAAAGUGUGGACACCCUUGUGCCGGUGACUGCAGUCGUUGUUGGUGUGGUCGAGUCCAUGAGCCAUGUGAAGCAAAGUGCGACCGUACCUUGUUUUGCGGUCACAAGUGUAAAGGACGGUGCAACAAAACCUGCCCUCCGUGCAACGAACACUGCGGCAACUAUUGCAAACACUACAGGUGUAACAAGAAAUGUGGUGAGCCUUACGAACCUUGUAACGAAAAAUGCAUGUGGCAGUGUCAGCAUUACACAUGCACGAAAUUGUGUGGAGAGCUGUGCGACCGCCCAAGAUGUAACAUGCCAUGUACAAAGCUACUUUGGUGCAGGCAUCCUUGCGUCGGUCUCUGUGGGGAAGUAUGCCCGAAGAAGUGCCGAGUGUGUCACAAGCAGGAGUUGACAGAGAGUUUUUUCGGCACCGAGGGCGAACCGAACGCAAGAUUCGUGGAGCUGGCAGACUGCGGUCACGUGUUUGAAGUUCGAAUGAUGGAUCAGUGGAUGGAGCAGGCGGAAACAACGCAUGACGGGAAGCCUGUUGACAUCCAACUCAAGCUCUGCCCAAAAUGCAGUGUUCCCAUCCGCAUCAGUUUAAGGUACGGCAACAUCAUUAAGAAGAUUCUGGCAGACUUCGAACGAAUAAAACAAAAAAUUUUACUCCCCAAAGGGCAGCGUGACCAAGAAGUAGCCAGGUUCAAAUUGAAGUUGCAGGAGAUUGACAAGUUCCCCAAAGACAAAGAUGUAAUCGGGAGGUUGCUGGAUCAUAAGAAUCUCUCGGUUGAACAAAUCAACGUGAUUGACAAUCAAAUCAGUUUGCUGUCUUUCCUUCAGACACUCGAAAAUGAUAUAAGCUAUUUUGAAGCUGAUGAACGGUCUCAGGAAACGAAGGAAGACCUCCAGAGAAAAGUGGAACAACUUCGAAAACGUGUGUUACGGCUUCAGGUUCGAUUCAGUGACCAAGUAAUGGAAGAGCUCGGAGAAGAAAUGUACAGAACACAGCUUCUGAUCGACUACAGAAUGCUGAAGAUGCAACUUGACAUCCGGGGUAUUAAGCUAGGGGUCACUGACACUGUCAAGGUCGAUUUUGUUAAAGAAGCAUUCGAUUCAGAGAACACAAUUGACAAGAAACGCAGAGAGCGAUACAGGGCUCGCAUUGAACGAAUAAGACGUGAACAAGGCCUUCAAGAGCUUAACCAGACUGUAGCAAGAGAGGAGAAAGAUCUGACCGUGAAGGCCAUGGGGCUGACACAGGGACACUGGUUCAAGUGUCCAAACGGUCACAUCUACUGCAUCACAGAGGGUGGAGGAGCGAUAGAAGAAAACAAAUGCCCAGAAUGUGACUCAAGAGUUGGUGGCCAUAAUCAUCAGUCAUGAGCAAGAAGCCAGCUACUUGGAAAACGUCCUAUGCGACGACUUCUUCUUGGCCAACAAACACAACAGUUUGUUAACACCCAAGAGACUUUCUGUGACUUUCUGUAACUAAGGUACCAGCUUAGGCAUUAUGACUGAUCUAACAAUUAAUCAUUUAGCAAAAACUAGCCAAAUGUAAGGAACUUUUCCUCGCGCUUUAAUUUGAUGAAACGGGUCUUUGUUUCGAUUUUUAAGUGGCAAACUGAAAAACUUGUUCUCCUGUGUGGCAGCUUUUAAAAUUGCUUGUAUUUUGCGUUGAAAUUUUAACAGUUCUGCUUUAAAGUAAGAAAUUUCAUCUACAUUUUUCAAGCAAGAGUCCUAUCAAUUGAUUUUUUCGUUGCUUUUUGCAAUUUUGCCGGGCUAAAAUCCAAGCAGGGUCUUGAGUAGAUAAUGUUCUAAUCGGCGUAGUUAACCGAAUAUUAAGCGUGUUAAGUCGUUUCAUUUGUGAUUUUUAUCACUUGAACAUAGCGAAUAACAUAGAUAGAGAUUAAGGUUGAAUUCAAGGUAUUCCUUUAAUUUGAAACAUAUUGGUUACCAGAUUAGAUUGCAAAGAAGCCCUGCAGGUUGGGAAGCUAAGAAGGGCUUCUCGACUAAAGUUAUUCUCAACAUAAUACCGGAUUCCGAUUAAACAGUUGACGUUUACUGUCAAAAUGACUGGAGAUGUUUUUUCACUGGAGCUCCUUCGCUUUACUGGGUGCAACGAGAAUUGUCCGUUUCUUUUUUGGAUCGAAAAGUGGUGUAAUUGUCCUUAAAAAACGUCCAAAACAAGACUCUUCAAUGUCUGUUUUUAUUUUAAUUCGUAUUUUCUGUACUCCUCAGAGCUUCAAAGCGAGUACCUCAAACACUAGCUAACCCAUUAUGUGGAUGAUCACUUUACACAAUUACUGUGUAUACUACAUGAAUUAACAAGAAAAAUAUUAAACUCCUCUGUCUUCCCUCACUCCAGAAACGUCGGCGUUAUUGGUUUCAAGCUUUGGUGGGCUUUUGAUUGUUAAAAAAAAAAAAUGUGAUAGGUGAAAGUUGUACACCAAUUUGAAAAGUUAU